AUGGACUAAAAAAAGGAAUAGAGUAUUGGCGAUAAAAUUUUUAGCUAAUACCCCUAUAAAAAAAAUGAAAUUAACAAAACAGUAAAGCCAUUAGUCGAUGCAUACUUCAAGGAUGAAACAGCAAGUGUUGAAAAUCUUAUGCGUGACUUAGCAUUAGCAUUCAAGAAAUAGAAGGUCUCUUUUGAAAACUUCUGUAAAAUUUUUAGUGUAGUCAAAUUUGCAGUUAGUAAAUAUUCUACUGCUAAGAAGGAUAAAGUACCAAAUAAUCGUUUUGGUGAAGCCACAAUUGUUUUGGGUGCUAAUUACCUCCCUCCCUUUUUUGUUUAAAAUUAACACAACUAAGAUGAUAAAAAGUAUAUAAAAUUAACAAGUCUUCUCAAUUUUACUGAUUCAGCUGCAAUCAAAGGACGUUUAGAGAAGGCUUUAGCUGCUAAACAACUUACUGUAAUUAAUCUUUGUAUUUAUGCACUUAUAAAACGCAAGUAGCAAUAGAUUAUUGAACCAUUAAUCAUUCCUAAGCUCGUUGACGAAUACUUCGUUGACAGUUUAAGAAGAGAUCCUAAAGCUUUUGCUUUAAGUUCAUUAGUAGUGAGAUUACUUACCGCAGAAAACUUUACUAACUAAAUAGUGCCCAAGAUAAUUAAUCUCGUUAAGAGAGCUGAAGAAAAUACUGAUACUGUCUCUAAUGUAUUAUCUUUACUUCCUAAUAGCGAAUAGUUUGAUACCUCUAGUUUCGCUGUUGAGAUUAUUCUCACUCACCUUAAACCUUAUUAUUACUCCCUCACUAAUUAAGAAAAGCCUUCUCUAGCUGCUUUCAAUGUAGCCAAGAAAAUUCGUUCUCUUCCUGUACUUUAGCAAAUUGUUGACGGAGUUGUUGUAAUUCUCAACUAAACAAAUGAUGAAAAAAAAAGAAUGCCUGUUUUGAGAAUAUUAAAUGGUGCUGCCUAAGCAUUAGCUUUUGUUUAAGGAGAUAAGAAGGCAGUUGAAGCAAAAAUCAUUUAAAUUUUAGGAGAUAAUUCUAAUGCAAUUUAAACACAAGAAGACAUGGAAAUCUUCAAUUAGAUUGUUGAUAAAUUAUUCGAAAACAUUAGCACAGAUUUUGUAUUCUCUCCAGACUAUGCUGGCUUGUUAAAGAGAAAAAUAGCAAUCUAACUUGCAAACAAGUGGAUCUAUGUUGCAACUUGCAAAUUGUGCUCAUCCUAUAUCAAAAAAUUCUCUCAUGAAAGAAAUCAAUUGAACGAAAUUAAGGAACUAGUUGAAGGAAUAAAUAUCUCUAUUUUUAUCCCUAAUGCUAAGACUCCUGCCAAGCUUGUAAGCACUACUGACUAAUUCUUAGCUUCUCUUGAAGUUUCUGCUUUGGCCUCUAACGUUGAGUCCUUAGCUGCUAUCACUUUACCUGAACUUAAAAAACAAAUUAAACCUGUUGUACUUUCUGAUAAAGUAUAUAUUAAUAAAUAAGACUUUUUCAAUACCAAUACUCAAUUAUAAGCUGAUUUAUUAUUCUCUUCCCUUACUUAAAUCAUUCAAUUAAAUACCCCUGAAAUAUUCUCAGACAUUCAAACAUUAGUAACUCUCUCCAAUUCUUACUGUCAAAUUUUCUUUGCUUCUUAGAAAAAAGCCACAAGCCAAAUUUUAGCUUAAUAACUAAAGUAGAAUUUUAAGAACAACAAGGGAUUAGUUGAGGUUUUAGCAUAAGGCAUAUUUAACUUUUUAUUUUACCAAAUCGAAUUAGAUACUGAUAGACGCUUAAAUAAAGAAUAACUUAGCUAUGCUACUCGUUAUAUGACUGAAACUUUUGCAAAACUUACUGCUGAAGAAGUCAAAUCUAUUUAAAAUGUUGAAUAUGUACCAUGGAUAGUCAAUCAUCCUUUUACUAAUAUUAAAAUUUAACGUAAAUUCCAUAAGGCAUUGAUUGCAAAUGAUGGAGCUAUUAAGUCUGCCUUCAAAGAAAUUAUUGGAAGCAAAUAAUUAUCUAAUCCUUAUUUAUUAAUCAGUGACUAGAUGCUCUAAAACCCUAGCUUUAAUGUCAGAGAAGCUGCUAAAGGAUAUGCUAGCUUUUUGAUUGAAAUCCAACACUAUGAAUUCCUUGAACCUUAUUUAGUCACUUUAGAUGUAAACAACUUUAAUUUGAGUCAAUGCAAGAAUAUUUCUGAAUAUGAAGAAACUAUUAUUAAAACUUCAGAUGAAUACGAAUUGAACUUACUUCCUGUUCGUACUAUUUUGGUUAGCCUCGGAUAUAAAGUUGAUCCAAAUAUUGAAAUUAACAACGCCCCUGUUUAAGAAGCUCCUAAAAAGGGUGGUCCUAAGAAACAAGUUUAAAGCUAAUAAAAUAACUAGCCUACUAUUAAUCAAAAGAAGCUUUUCAAGCCUUAUUUACCUUAAUACGAAAAUUAAACUGGCCAUCAUUUCUUAGACGAUGAUGAAUUAUUAGCAAAGCGUAAAGAAGAAUUGAGAGAGCGUAUGAUCCACUUCUAUCGUUUGUCCUGCCACUUCUAUAAAAUCUUUUCAGUUUCUUCUAAUUCUGAUAUUUCUGAGUAUUUCUUCAACAACCUCAAUGAACAUUUCUUCACUAUGGCUGUUUACAAGCAAACACAUGCUAACUAUAGAGUCAUUCUUUCAAACAUCCUUAAGAAAUACAAAGCUUAAAUUAAAAAUUCUGCUACUUUCCUUGCAGAAUUUACCAUCACAAUUGCUCAACGUGAAAACCCUACUGAAAAAAUUAUUCGCGAAUACAUUAACUUCUAGUCUUUUAUCAAUGCUAAUUUGAACCCUAACAAUCCUAGCGAAGCCUUUAUUAUUCCUUACCUUAACAAGCUUAACUUCCACACUAUUAAUGAAGAUGGUUUUGAUAUGGAUACAAAAGUCAAUGCUCUUACUUUCUAUAAUAAUCUUCCCCCUACUUACAAUAGUUACUUAUUAGCUUUAUACAAGCCCUUCAAUAACAAUAUUAAUACCUUAGCUUCAAACCCUAUUUCUUAAGUUAUUCUCGAAAAACUACUUAAUAUCAUUGAUUCUAACGAUACAUCUAUCCUUUUCCACAAUAUAUUAAACAACACUAACAGAGCUAAAAAUAUUGUCCUUAGCUCUCUAAUUAGCUAAGCAUCUAAGAUUAACUAUCAUCCUUCUUUUGAAGAAAUUAUUAAGCUUCGUAUCAUGCAAAUUGAUCGUAAUUAGGAUAUAAUUAAUCUUUCCUCAUAAAUUCUUAGUAACUGCAAGUACGAUAUGAACGCUGAUGCUAUCAAUAAAUUUGAUUUUACUGAGUUUAUUAUUGAUCAUUCUACAGAAAACAUCGAUAAGUUUACAGAACUUUGCUUUGAUAUAAUCAAAUCCCAUCCUGAUCUUUAAAAAGUUAUUUUCAAGAAGAUUACUGAGGCUGCAGAAGCUUGUUAUGAUUAAAAAACUAAUGAAGAAUCUUUGACUUUCUUUCCUAAGUAUAUCUAAUAUCACAUGUCUAACAUUCAACCAGAUUAGCUAACAGCUAUCUUCAACUUAUUUGUUUCAAAAUAUUGCAAUCCAUAUCUUACUCUCUUGAUGGAUAGCUCUAUGCAAUGUGGUAUUGAAUUAAUUAAGAAAUUCGGAAGUGCUCAUAAUAGCAUUCUCGUCUAAAUAUUUGAUAAAUACUUGAAAUCAAGCAAUCCAGAAGACACCAACAAACAAAUUUCAUCUAUUGUCUUCCUUGGUGUCUGCGCUCCUUACAUCAAGAAUAAGUCUCUUUUAGAAACUAUCUCCUCAAAAGUCAUUCUUCUCUUUAAGAAUGGUUCUGAAGAUCUGUAAAAAAGUUUAGCUAAAUGUUUGCCCGAUUUAAUGAGUUUCUUUGAUAAUCCUAAAGGUUUAGUUGAAAAGACUAUUCAAAACCUUCCUUUCGAACCUAAUGUUAAGCAAAAAAAGGGCUAAGCUUAUUUAGUUGCUGGUUUGAUUAAAGGUUUAGGUGUUAAUUCUAUUGAAUAGCUCAAUAUAUUUAAGUAUAUUGAUGAAGAUCUUGAACAAAAGAAAGAUAACUAAUAAAAGGAAUCUAUUUUAACUUUAAUUAUUUGUUUCCUUGACGUUUUAGGUAGAGUAUUUGAACCUUACGUUAGUAGAGUUAUCAAGGUCCUCAUGCACUUCUUUGCUGAAACAAAUGAAACUAUCAAAGACCUUGCACUUAGUGCCACUAAGUUGCUUAUGUCUCGUCUCACUGGAUAUGGUGUUAAAAUUAUUCUUCCUCAACUCUUGAAGGGUCUUGAAGAAUCUGCCUGGAGAGCAAAGUUUAAUAAUAUUUGGGCUCUUGGUAAUAUGGCUUUUUGCUCACCCAAAUAAAUGAGUUAGUGCUUACCUUAGAUUGUCCCUCAAUUAUCUAACUGCUUAUCAGAUACCCAUCCUAAGAUCAGAGAAGUUGCUAACUCUUCCCUUACUUUAAUUGGUUCUUCCAUUAAAAACCCUGAAAUUUCAGAAAUUGUUGAUAUUCUCAUCAAAGCACUUUCUGAUCCUUUCGACUUGAACAAAUCUGGUUUGGAAAUAUUACUCAAGACUCGUUUCGUCCAUUAUAUAGAUGCUCCUGCCUUAUCUUUGGUCAUUCCUAUUGUUGAUUAUGCUCUAACAUAAAAGAGAGAAACCAGACCUAAAGAAGAUGCUUGCUAGGUUGUUGGUAGUAUAUCAGCUUUAAUUAAAGAUCCUAAGGACAUCAUUCCUUACAUGGAUAUUUUAGUUGGCGGUUUAAGAAACGCUUUAUCAGAUAAUGAUAAUGAAGUACGUCUUUUCGCUUCUAAAGCAAUUGGACAAAUUUGCAAAACCUUAGGAUAAGCCAAUAGUGAAAAAUAUUUCUAGUUUAUUAAAGAUAUCCUCGAAAGCAAGUCUUCAACUUCUAUUGAGCGUUCAGGUGCUGCUUAGGCUCUCUCUGAAAUUAUGUGCAUUUUAGGACUUGAUUACUUCAAGAACUAAUUACCUGGCAUCUUUGAAAAAAUGCAAUCUAAGUAGAACUGGGUUAGAGAAGGUUACAUUGGUAUUUUCGUAUUCGUUCCUGUCAUCUUAAAGGAAAACUUCAACCCUUUCAUCAAAGACGUCUUAGAAGCUACAUCUGAAUAUAUUAGCGAUGAUGAAGAAAAGACUCGUGAAAUUGCAUUAAGAGUAUUGAGAAUUCUUAUCUAAAAUUUCGGUGAAUCUCAAACAGAAUUGCUUACUGGUCCUGUCAAUGAAGGUCUAUUCUCAAGCAACUGGAGAAAAAGACUCAGUUGUGUUGUUUUAAGUGCUGAAAUGCUUGAAAUUUUAUAAAAAAUGGUUAGAGUUGAAAUUAAUGAUGAUUUAGAAAAGAAUAUUAAGAGAGAAGAAGGUGUACUUACUCACAGACAAACACUUCUUUAUCAAAGUUACAUGGCAGUCUAUAUCUUAAGAGCUGAUGAAAUGGAACAAGUCCGUUUACAAUCUACUUAAGUUUGGAAAAACUUCGUUGAUAACACUCCUAAGACUUUGAAAUAUGGUCUUUCCAUACUUUUUAGAAUCUUGAUCACUGCUAUCGUAAGACCUCCUCCUGUUGAAAAUAUUGCAAAAACAGCUAUCUGCAACUUUUGCUAGAAGUAUGGUGAGAGCUUCUUCCCAUAAGUAUUAAAGGUAUUCUAAGAAAUGAUGAAAGAUUACUUAGAAGAUCUCUCCAAAUUAAGAGGUACUCUAUUGGUUUUGGCUGAAUACUGCAAAAACAUAUCUGGUUCUUACUUAAGAGGAUUCCAAGAAGACUUAGUAUAAAUCAUUAAGCCUCAUGUUUACACUCAUGAAAAUAUGUUCCGUUCCUCAGUCUUCUACACUCUAAGAAUAGUUUCUGAAAGAGUUGGUGAAAUUGGUCUCCUUAGAAGUAUCUUUAACGAAAUCUUUGAAAAGAUCAGAGUUGCAACAGAGUAGGAUGCCUUGUAUGAAACUUACCUUAAAAUCUUCGACUAACUUUGCUAAUCUAAAUCUGAUAAAAUUUUGUAAUAUAUUGUCCCUCAACUAUUUGAGCGUCCUAUUCCUCCUUCUUUAAUUGAAGUAAUUACAAAUAACUCAGAAGUUCUUGGUAAGAUUGCAUACAAAUACUUCAAAAAUAGAUCUGGUAUGGAAUUGAUUUUUGAUGAAAUAUUUGAUAAUUGCUCUUAAAUCCGUAAAGAAUCAUUAAUCUAUGCUAUGAAUUAGUUAAGUGUAAACCUUAAUGAAGACGACAGCAGAUAUUUCAUCCUUAACAUAAUUGAAAAAAUUAAUGUCUUAACAAAGACUUAUCUUAACUAUAAAGAAGAUGAAUAGCAUCUUGAAGUAGUUUUGAAUGUCUUGAAAUUCUACAUGGUUAACACUCCUAUCCAUUUAAGUGAAUUCAAUAAAGAUUUGAUUAACUUAGUUAAUCCAUUCAUCUUCGAAUAGCAAUGUCCCUUACUUGCAAGACACGCUUCUUCUAUUCUUUCUUCUAUUUUCACAAUUAUCAACAGAAAGUACUUCGUUUAACUUCUUCAUACUUUCGAGCUUUCACUUGAAGACACUCUUUCAAGAACUAAGUAUGAAAAGAUUACUGAAAUUUCUGGUUUCAAUUUAGGAGAAGAACCUGGAGAUGGUAUUCGUUCAUAUGUUGAGUUAGCAACUACUUGCUUAGUUUAUACACCUGAAGAAGCCUUCUAAGAUAGUAUCGAUCUUUUCAAGAUACUCAUCAAGUACACCAAAUUAGAAAAUCUUUAACCUUUCCACUUCAAAUUAACUGGUCCUCUUAUCAGAGUCGCUAAUUAUAAGUUAGAACAAGAUCAAAAAGAAAAGAUUCUUUAAUUGUUCAUUCAACUCUUUGAAAAGGGAAUUGACUUGAAGCCAUUUGUUCCUUAACUUCUUUCAACAUUCUCUAAAAUCUGCUUAGAAUUCCCUAGAGAAAGAGAAUUCUAGAAAUUAAUUGCAUAAAACUUAUGUGAAUUAGUUUUGGUUGCUCCUCGUAAAGAUAUGAUUUUACAUGAAAUGUACUCUCGUUCAAAGGAAGCUGAAGACAAAUAGGUUCAAAAGGAAACUUUCUUAUAUUUAACAUACAAAAUGCUUAAGUACAACUAACUUGGUCAUGACCACAAACUUUUUGCUAAGGCUUUCCUUGAAAAAAUAUUUAAAGAAUGUGUAUCUCAACAAGAGGAAUCAAGAGAAUUAAAUAUUAACAAUAUUUGUUUGUAUUCCAAGAUUAUUGGUUUGUUAUCAGUUCACAUAUCCGAGACUCAUAUUAGCAAAUACAUUGAAAAGUCUAUAACAUACUUCAAAGAAUCAAAUGAAUUUAAGUAAACUUUCGAAUAUCUUUCUGCUGUACUUAGUAUUUAUGAACGCAAUCCUUCCUACGCUAAUAUCCCUGAUGACUUAGGAAAUAUUAUUUCAGCUCUUGUGUUAAAAUUCGAUAAGGAGUAUUAAUACCCCUCAGUCAAUAUGCUUAAGAAAUUGAUUGAAAUGCGUGCUAAUGACUCAGUAUCUGCUUACUUCUCAUCUCAAAUUAGCUAAGAAGUAUUAAAGAUUGAUAUUGAAUAAGAUGAAGAUAUUGUUCAUGACAAAGAGGAAGAAGAUGAAGAAGGUAAAGAUGAUGAAGAAGAAGACAACUGA